AUGUCAGUUGUUAUUUGUCAAGCGCAAGAAAAAAUCGUCAACGAAAAUGGAAGAAACCAAAGUUUCACCCAAAAAGGUGGGCUGAGUUUCCUUCAGUCUAUGUCCGAUAUCACUGCCAUUGUCCGAAACGUAGAAGACAAAGCUUAUGUUCACCCGUCCGAGAAACGCUCUGUUUCUAAGCUGAGUGAGAAAAGCUUAGAGAUGUGCACUGAGAGCCUUGGGGCCGAAACAGGAAGCGAAAGUGGUGACGAGUUGUCGUUGCUUGCGUUUGAAGCAACCAACAUUACUCCUAGGGUUCCUUCUCAUCCUCAAGAGCAAGAAAAGGACACUGACUUUCCUCCCAAGAAAUCAACUAUCAAAAGUUUCCCGCCACCGAUAAAGUUCGUUAAAGGAUCAAAGUAUAGUCGUGUGGUGAGAUCUCUAGGAGAAGAUGGUCGUGUUGUUGUUCAAGCAAUUACGGUUUCGUCUCAGCCUCCUAACUUUGUCGCGGAACGUGGUGAAGGAAGGCUCCGUCUCUGUUUAUCACCGGAAAGUUCUUUAGUUGGGCACGAUCAUGAGGAAGAAGAAGAAGAGGAGGAAACUGGUGAGAACUUGGAGGGUAAAAAUGGAAAUAAAAACUUCAGCAGAUUAAGCAGCAGAUGCAAGGAGAAUGGUCGUGAGCCUAAGUCAAUGCUUACUUGGAAGCAGCAGCAGUUUUGGGUCGCCACUUAG